UUUAAACUUUGUGCUAAUGAGUCAUGUCUAGAGAUUGUGGAUCAAUGAAUCUCAUCUUUCUCAAACCAAUUUCUUGUUUUUUAAGAUCGGAUUAAUUUUUCUUUUUUUUAAAACAAACAGAAUGAUCGGUUUCUUUCCGUAUAUGGACUUUUUAAACAUGGCGCCCAUUCCAUCACUGACGUCGUUAAAAUUUACAUACGUUCUGAUUUUCAUGGUUUUUAUACACGUAGGUCAAGGUCAGUCGUUUGACCUUGUGUACGCCAUCGAAGAGGAAGUGCCCGUGCACACGAUCGUCGGUCACGUGGGACAGGACUCCAACAUCUCCCACCUGCUGAGCAACGAGGACUUCCAGAUGCUCCGCUUCCGGCUGCUCCUCUACCCGAACUCCGACACCAGCCUCUUCACCAUCCUCAACACCAGCGGCGUCCUCCGCACCGCCGCCCGCAUCGACCGCGAGACUUUAUGCCACUACGAAAGCACGUGCAAGCUCACCCUUCACGUGGCGGCGCAAACGGAAUCCGGCCAGCAGUUCUACACGUUCAAAAUCUUCGUCUACGUUAAAGACAUCAACGACAACUCACCUUUGUUCCCCAUGUCCACGGUCACCGUGACCAUCGACGAGGACGCGGCCGAGUUCACCUCAAUCCAAAUCUCCCCCGCCGUGGAUAUCGACAUCCUCAACAACACAAUCCAAUCCUACACGCUCCGACCACCCAGCGAGACCUUCGAGUUGAAAGUCUCGAGAAACCUCGACGACAGCCUCAUCCCACAGCUUUUUGUCAAAUCCCUUCUGGACCGCGAAUCUCGACCUUUCUAUUUUCUCAAGGUCGUCGCCCUUGACGGCGGCUCCCCCAGACGGUCCGGUGAAUUGACCAUCAACGUCACGCUGAAUGACGUCAACGACAACGCCCCCAGGUUCUCCCAGCAGGUGUAUGACGUCUCAGUGGACGAGGUGGCGCCCGUGGGGUCAAGGGUCAUGACGCUCACGGCAACGGAUGAUGACGUGGGUCAAAAUGGACGCAUCAGGUAUCGUUUAGGCAUCCGACAGUCGGAAGAGGCCUUCAACACGUUCCGCGUCAUCGCGGAAUCCGGAAACAUCGUCACGAUGCGCGAGCUGACGUCACUGCAGGGGGAGACGAUGCGGCUGGUGGUGGAGGCGGUGGACAACGGCGCCAAGCCGCAGACGGCGCAGGCGAUGGUUAACAUCCACAUCGUCGACUCCAUCAACAACGCUCCGGCCAUCCGCAUGACGACGUUAUCCGGGACCCGGGUGUCGCGGAUCAUGGAGAACUCCCCGCCCGGCUACGUCGUGGCGCACUUCAUCGUGGAGGACGCCGACUCGGGGGAGAACGGCGAGGUCAGCUGUCACCUCCAGGACGACACGUUCGGCCUUCAGAGGUUACAGGAAGCCGAGUACAAGGUCACGGUGUACAACAACCUGGACAGGGAGCUUGUUCCGUUUUAUGACGUCAGGAUCACGUGCAUGGACGGGGGCACGCCCCCUAUGACGACAACCGUAGCGUUUUCUGUCAUUCUAGAAGACGCGAACGACAACCCUCCAAGAUUUCUCAAGUCUUUAUACAGAGCAAACAUCUCCGAGAACUCUCAAAGCAGUUUUAUUCUCCAGGCUGAGGCAGAAGACCUUGACCUUGGUCAGAACGGCAAGGUCACGUACAGGCUAGGCAACGUCACGUCGCUGGUGUCGUCAUACAUCCACAUCAACCUGACCACGGGCGAGCUGCGCACCAAACAAAUGCUGGACCACGAGCUGUUUCACGAGCUUGACUUCAGCAUCGUUGCCAUGGACGACGGCAACCCGAGUUUAUCCUCCACCGUCCGCGUCAUCAUCGACGUCAUCGAUAAAAACGACAACAUCCCGCAAGUCCCGACCGGGUUUUUUAUGUCCAUCCGGGAAAACCAACCCUACGGAUCCGUCGUUGGGCACAUCCAAGCCGUCGACCCCGACGAAGGGGACUCUGGGAAAGUCGGUUAUCAACUUCUCACCGACAACGAGGCGACGGUCCUCUUUAGCUUAAACGAGACUUCCGGUGAAGUCCUGGCCUUGACGACCUUUGACCGGGAAACGCGCGACAUCUACGACAUCAACGUGCUGGCACGCGACUACGGCAGCAACCCGCUGACCAACAUUCUCCACAUCAGGAUCCGAGUCACGGACGACAACGACCAUAAACCGGUGUUCGACUUCCCGCGACCCAACAACAAAACUAUCUUUAUGACCAUCGACACGCGAUACAACACCACGAUAGCCAACGUCAAAGCCACGGAUUUAGACCUGGGGCCUAACGCGGCCUUGACCUACACGCUCGUGAACGGUGGGCGAGACGUUUUCGAUAUCGAUCCUAGAACCGGGCGACUAUUUACAGUCAAAAACCUAUUCGCUAAAGACAAAGGGACGUAUAAUAUCGAACUGUUUGUCCGCGAUAACGGCGUACCUCCGUUGUCCGCCCAAACUCUCCUCACCAUCAUCGUCACCCAGGGCAACGCAACCGCCGCCGCUGUUGGUUUCGGAUACAGCGAGCAGAUCAUCAUCGUCGCUAUCCUCAUCGGCGCCACCGUCUUCGUCGCCGUCGUCGUCUUUCUUAUCGUGCUGAGAUUCUUAAAGAAAGACCGCAGAGACAGACGCCCGAAAUACACGGGAGGUCUUCCCAUGGAGGUCAAGAAAAGGUCACCGACCCCGGAAGAGGACGCGUCGAGCGACGAAGGACCUUGGAGACGGUACGACGAGGCGAAGAGACCGAACGGACCGGUAGUGACGUCAGGGGAUGUGACGUACGACGCCAGUGACGACAUCAUCAUGUUCAAACUGAAGCUGGCCGACCAGUACAGGGAGCUGGAGCCGGAACAAAAGGAACAUCUUGGCGACACGUUGACAUGUGAUGACUCGGCGUCAAACCGGAACAGCGUCAUCAGUGACGUGGACUGCGGGGCGGGGAUGUCGAGGCUGGGGACCUUUCAAUCCAAGUCUGGUAUGAUGCAGGUGGCAGGAUAUGGCGCUUGUCCAGACUCGAAGGAGAAGGUCUGGCGAUCGAGUCCCAAGGAGAAGAUGACGGACGAGAUUUUAAGCAGUUCAUCUCGCGAAACGACGGGGGCGGACAGUGGGCGGGGGCCCAGCGAGGACGGCAGUCAGAGCAGGUCGUCUGUCACAGACGAGUCCGGGUGUCUCAUCUCACCCAGCCACAGCAUCCUGCGCGGGAACACGCCCAAGCACCAGGGAACCUACUCCCGACCCCCAUCCUCCGCGUACGACCGACCCCCGUUGCUGAUGACGUUUCAGUCCAACUCCUCCGACAACGGCUCCACCAGCGGGGUCGGGAGCUCCGUCUCCAGCCUCGGGACGAGGAAAGAGUACAGCCCCAACCCUUACCCUAACGUCCCCUCCCCGCGGUUGAUGAACACCUACGGGAAAGAAUACACGGAGCAGGAUCGAAUCCACGAGACGACGUCGAAAAAAUUAAUCGACGACGGCUACGGCACGAGCCACAGCGGACAAAAAUCUUUCUCCCGCGCGAACGGUUUGUUGAAAUCAAACGAUCGGCUGACGAAUUCUUCUGCCAAAUCUCGCGACGCCCGCCUGUGUUCGGAACCGCCAACGACCAACGGAAACCGGGGGAUCACCUCCCCUUCCUACAACACCCCUGUUCAAGAAACGGGGCUUACGCCCUCGCCAAGCCCCGUGUCCCCCAGCAUGUUGUAUAUCAACAACACCAAACCUUUGAUGCCCGGAAGCGCGGAUAGAUACAGUUCCAACCACAGCCAGUUCAAAUACCCCCCGUCCCCGAGCUUCUUACAAACCACCCCCAGCAUCAGCAUCAACUCCUUCAAGCAGACUAGCUGCCCGCAGCUUUAUAAAAACCCGAAUGACCCCCACUCCCAGUCGACCUUGCCCUCCGCCAACCGGUCAAGGUCGUUCAACGUCCACGAGACGACCUUCGGGGUGGUCUCCCCGUCCUUGCAGGACAUGCUCAACGAGAGUCUGGAGCCGCAGGACGACGGCAACACCACCACGACGUCCGGGAGCUACACCAUCGACCACGACGACGUCAACAUGGACCUACCGCAGACGGACGUCUUUGUCUAGUCACGUGACUGCCGUCUGCCCAGCGCGUGUGGACGUUGUGGGCUGGUGGGCUUGUAUGUAAAUUGGACUCAAGUGUACAGUGGGCUAAUGCAGGCACUGGGCUUAUGUGUAAAUUUAGCUAAUGUGAAACUUGGACACACAUUGAUUGAUUAUGUAACGUGGGCUAAUGAAUAAAUGGGCUAACGACCUGUGCCCAAUCGUUAUUGUGUAAAUUGGGCUAAAGUAUUUGCUAAAGUUUAAAGCGGGCCAAUAGUAACAUUGACUGACAUGUAAAGAAGCCCAAUAAGUAAAGCAGAGUGAGGUGUAAAGUGGGCUUAUAAAUAAAAUUGAACCACAUGUAAAAUGGUCUUAUGACUAACAUUGACUCAUAUGUAAAGUGGGCCGAUAUGUAAAGCAGAAUAAAGUGUAAAGAUGGCUUAUGACUUGCAUUGACUCACACGUAAAGUGGGCAAUUGUGUUCAGUUUGCUAACAUUUAAAAUUGGUUUUUGAGUAAAACGGACUCGCAUGUCAAACGGGCCAAUAUGUAAAUCGGGCUUUAGUGUAAAGUAGACUGGUUUGUAUUAUAGACAACACUUGUACCGGCUAGGUGACACACGUAGCUCUAACACCUGUUGGGAUAGUCCAUUUCUGUUUUACCUGACGUCCAACAAUAGACUGUUCCAAUCAAUAGGGGUGCUGUGUUGUUCUGCAUACUAAGCGUACAACAAUGGACUGCUCCAGUCAAUGGGGGUGUUGUGUUAUUCUAUCCACUUGGCACACAACAAUCGACUACUCUAAUCAAUCGUGGUGUUGUAUUGCUAAAAGUUUGCAGCUUGCUAAUUCAAGUACAAACUAAUCCUAAACAUAACACUAGCCACAACAACAACCAUACCCAUAACUAGAACCCUAGCCUUAACAUUAAAAUCCGAUAGUUUUUAUCAUCAGCAUGUUUCAAAAUCGGAGUUUUCAAAAUAACCUCGUCGGCAUACAAUGAAUUCGAGUUAAUAGCAUGGUACUACGAAAACUUGAGCUGAUUUGUUUAUCUUUUUUAAGUCUGUGUGUGAAACACAACUCACUACCAGUCCAGCUAAGGUCAGGUUACAGUGUGUACUUAAAGUUCAAGGACACUCCAGAAAUACGAGCACAAAUUAUGAUUACGCUGAACCGGAUUCGGAAGGGACAGGAACUGGUACCAGGAAGCGUUCGAUGAUUGGUGUUUAUUUUUAAAUUAGUAGCCCGAGCGCAGACGAUACUUUAAAUAAAAAAAAAGGUUUUGGAAAUGUUCUGAAUAAAGCCAUUACCCAUUUUGGCUAUUGCCCAUUUUGAAAUUGGAUUUCUUCACGUAAAGUUUGAAGAUGUUUAACGACUUUUUUUUUCUGAAGAUAUGUAAAUAGUAUGAACUGGUGUAUAUAUGGUCACAACCGAUCUAUAAUGUACUUGGUCACUACCGAUCUAUGAUUACAACAGCUCUAUGAUAUACAAGAUCAGAUCUAUGAUUUUGAUGUACAUUCCAACAAUUGUUGUAACAUUUUACGAUGGCUGUGUUGUACAAAAGUUUACACAAAAAAUAUGUAAGUUUAUAUGGCUGUUUUCAGCUAGGGACCAAAAAACAUAUAAGGAAACUGUUCGAUAACAGGCUUUGUUUAACUGUACUGUAAAACUAUUUACAUUUGAUUGCUAAACACUAACGAAUCACAACUUUAUAAAUGUAUGUGGUUAAACGAGGUAGAAAAUAUAUUCUGUGUACACAAAUCAAUGAAGUGGUCAAACUCUGUGGAAUAAAUAUUUUGUGACAAC